GGGCAGAGGAAAAGAAAAUAUCACAAGGUCAAGGUCGUGGCAGAUAACUUGAAGCUCAACAAAAAUAGUUUGCCAUCAACAUUAAUAAUAGCACAGUCAAGGAGAGACUGAUUUCAUCCUACCCAGCGAUGAUUACAUAUGCAAAUUAAAGAGAAGAACGGGAGAAGCACCGCCGGAGAAGAACUUGGUCAUUUGUUUUAAAAUCACUCAAUUUUAAAUGACGAUGAUUUAACAUAUUUUAAAUGAUAACAUAUAGUUUGGCGAUAUUGAAUGAAUAGGGUUGGGAACAGGCCAGGCCAGGCCUUGACAGGCCUAAGCCUGGCCUAUGAUUUUUUUUCACGCCUGAGCCUGGCCUGCGGCCUAUCAAAUCUUAUUUUUUUUGUUGGCAUUAGCCCUCUAGUUCUCAAGGAAAGAGAUCCCGAUAAUUCAAAAUUCGAUCGUGGGAAUAAGAAAACUUAGUUAAAAAUCAAACUCGAAUUAUAUCUCUAGAAAGAGCUCAUUAACUUUAUAAAAAAGAAAAAGAAAAAAAAAGAAGACAAACUAUAAAAAAAAUGGCGCAAAAAUAAUUAACCCUAGACCGAAGUGUCAAGUUCGAAGUGAGAACCCUAGACCGUCGCAGCCUGCCACCGCGGCCACCUCACUACUUCCGCUCCGACUGCUCAGUCUGUUCGUUUCGGCUGUACGUCGUGCGGUCAUCUCCUUCAAAGAAAGAAGCGAAAGAAGGUAUAGAGAGGAAGGAUGUUGUGGGUUGAUAAGUAUCGUCCCAAAACCCUUGACAAUGUUAUGGUUCACAAUGACAUCGCUCAAAAUCUCAAGAAAUUGGUUACUGAACAUGAUUGCCCUCAUUUGCUGUUCUAUGGCCCAUCUGGUGCUGGCAAGAAGACACUAAUCAUGGCUCUUCUCCGCCAAAUGUUUGGACCGGGUGCCGAAAAGGUGAAGGUGGAAAAUAGGGCAUGGAAAGUGGAUGCUGGGAGUAGGUCUAUUGAUUUAGAGCUGACAACAUUAUCAAGUGCGAAUCACAUUGAAAUGACUCCAAGUGAUGCAGGCUUUCAGGACAGAUACAUUGUUCAAGAAAUAAUCAAAGAAAUGGCUAAGAAUAGACCCAUUGAUACUAAAGGGAAGAAAGGAUUUAAAGUACUUGUGCUUAAUGAUGUUGACAAACUCUCUAGAGAAGCGCAGCAUUCUCUCCGCAGAACGAUGGAGAAAUACAGUGCUUAUUGCAGAUUAAUUCUAUGUUGCAAUAGUUCUUCAAGAGUCACUGAAGCAAUACGCUCCCGUUGUCUCAAUGUACGCAUAAAUGCACCAAGUGAAGAACAGAUAAUUGAAGUUUUACAGUUCAUUGGCAAGAAAGAAGGGCUGCAACUUCCUCCUAGUCUUGCUGCUCGCAUAGCAGAGAAAUCAAAUCGGAAUUUAAGGAGGGCUAUAUUGUCAUUUGAGACUUGCCGCGUCCAACAGUAUCCUUUCACUGACAAGCAAACAAUUCCUCCAAUGGAUUGGGAGGAAUAUAUUUCUGAAAUUGCAUCUGACAUAAUGAAAGAACAGAGCCCAAAAAGGUUGUUUCUAGUUCGGGGAAAGUUGUAUGAGCUGCUGAUUAAUUGCAUUCCUCCGGAGAUCAUUUUGAAGAGGCUUCUUUAUGAGCUAUUGAGGAAACUAGAUGCAGAACUGAAGCAUGAAAUCUGUCACUGGGCAGCAUACUAUGAGCAUAGGAUGCGCCUUGGGCAGAAGGCAAUUUUUCACAUCGAAGCAUUUGUGGCUAAGUUUAUGAGUGUCUAUAAAUCCUUCCUCAUUGCAACAUUUGGCUGAAAAAAGGAUGAUGAUUUGCUUUUCCAUGAUGAUACAUUUGAAUGGUAUUAAUGAUUAGAAAUAACUUCCAUGAUGAGUUAUCUCUCAUCUUCUCUACUCAAGGUUUUCUCAUCUUGUAUUCAUGCUGCAAUCAUAAUGGUAGGUUUCUGAUGUUUUGGUUUGUAUAGAUGUUAUGUUAUGCUACAUAAUAUUGUGUACUUUGCAUGAUGUUUUA